ACUGUGGCUGUAGUUGGCGGGAUUGACAGGCAGCCCGGCCCGCGUGGGGGCUGCCAGUCCCGCACUGGGGGGCUUCCGGGUCCCCCAUUGCUUUCUGCCCUCCUCUGGGGCCCGGGACCAGCCUCAGUCCUUGUAUCUACAGCCGCGGGGCUGGCGACGGCUGUUCUUUUCGGUCGGUCACCGGCCCAAUGGAAGAGCCUCCCGGGAAGCCCCUCAGCUUUGAGGAGAAGGAAAAGUUGAAGGAAAAAUUAGCAUUCUUGAAAAGAGAAUACAGCAAGACAUUGGCUCGUCUUCAGCGUGCACAAAGAGCUGAGAAAGUUAAGAAUUCUAUUAAGAAAACAGUGGAAGAACAAGAUUGCUUGCUCCUGCAGGAAAUUUCACCACGGCUAAACCACUCAGAACCUAAAAAUAAAACAUCUCCUUGUGAUGUCUUACAAAUCAAUGGCCAUCUCGAUGAAGAAACUGGAGAGAAGACACCUCUCAUACUUGACAUUGAGCCUGAAUCCUUUAGCCCUGGGGAUGACCCAGAGGAAAGAUUACAUUUACAAAGAGCGGAUGUCAUCCAGAAACAUUGUCACCAUAGGGUCAAUGGCGCUGAUGGUGAGAAAAGGCAGAAAAAGCUGACAGGAAGAAGAAAUAAGCAGCAGAAGAGAAUAUUUACUUCACAGGAAAGAGAAUCUCUCUUUGACACUGAUGUACUCACGCUCUUUGGAAAAAAACUAAAGGAACAGGAAGAGAUCAACAGAGAAUAUCCUAGCACACCUGUAAGUGAAAGUCCUAAAUCUGACAUUCUGGAUUCUCCAGCAAUGCUUACAGAAACUUAUGAAGAGAGUGAAUUAAUUCCACCAACUGCCAAUCCACAAAGAAUUGUUGACACACCCUUAAGAGGACAUCAUUUUUCUGCAUUGACUCCACUUCCUUUGCAUACCCCAUCAGAUCCCAGUAGUGGUCAGCACCUUGAACAUAACCCUCCUAAAGGUAACCCUGAACUUAGUGCUCACAGGUUAGAAAACAUUGGCCCUACUUCACCUGUAAACUUAGAGACACAAGACAAAAGAAUGACUAUCUUAACCAAUACUCCAGAGGUAAAUAAAGCUGUAAAUACAAGUGUUCAUCUGCCUCUCAGUCCUACCUUAGAGGCAGAUAAUUCAUCUUCUCUAGAUGAACUCUCUUACAAUAACUUACUGGCCCAUGAAAACCAAAGCUUAAAAGAACAAAAUCACAUAGAGAAGUCUUUUGAAUCUCUUGAUAUUAGAAAUGAAAGUCUUCAGGAAAGUGAACUUCUAAGUCAAUCUGAGAGUGUUAGCCUGAAAGUAAUAUCUCCUGAUUCUGCAGAAGAUCAAGUACAUUCUUGCACAAUGCUGGAAGGCCUUAUGUUUCCUGCAGAAUAUUAUAUCAGAACAACUCGCCGCAUGUCAAAUUGCCAGAGGAAAGUAGCCCUGGAAGCUGUAAUUCAAAACCAUUUAGGUGGCAGAAAGAAAGGGUUUAAAAAUAAAGAAACAAAUAAAAAUGUAAACCUUUCCAAUGAAGAAAUGGACCAAAGUGAAAUUAGAAUGUCUGACACAUGCGCAGGACUAUUAAGUUCAAGAAGUCCAUUUCAGAAACUUUUCUCAUUAACUGAAGUUAACUCUUCCUCUGGAGCCACUAACCAUGACUUUUCUAGGAAGGUGGUUACUCAGCCAUCUGGUAGAAGACUUAGAGGAAAAAGGAAGUCAGACUGUACCUCGGUAUUAGAUUAUCAUGAAAUGCUUCAGUCAACUUCUGGCAUAUCAAGUGUUUGUAGGUCCAAGGAACAAGUCUCCUUGCACAAAGAACAGAAUCAGAAACCAAUUAUUCAUGAUUUUCAGUUACCUGAUGAAGACUUUGGGCUUCUUAAACUUGAAAAACUGAAGUCCUGCCCAGAAAAGCUGAUGGAGCCUUUUGAAUCAAAAAUGUAUCAAGAAAGGCAUCUUAAAGAGAGCAGCUAUGUUGAUUUGGAGGAAUUCUCUCCUAAACAAAUAGAUACAGAAAUGGAGGACUUGGAAGAGGAACUUGCUGUUCCCCCAAGAAAAGCUCAUCUUAACAUGCCAAAUCUCAAAAGCAAGCCUCAGGAUAAGGGUCUUUCUUCCUCCAUAUUGCUUUUCACUCCUGUAAAUACUGUUGCAGCCGAUGAUGAGGGCAGACCCACAGCAGAUGUGUGUUCCCCAGCUUUCCCUGUCUUGGGUACUACUCCAGCUUUUGUUUCCCAAGCAUAUAGUGGAAAAGCAUCUGCAGAGGUUGGAAAAAGUUGCUCCCAGCUUUCUCACUUGAAAGCCACCGUCAGUCGUGAUGGAAAACAAUGCAACAAUUGGGCCAGCCCACCUAAAUCAGAUUGCCUGCCUGUGUCAGGUGGGAGAGGACAGCCUGCCAAUGACUGUGAUUCUGGUCUUCAAGUAACACCUCUCCCCACUGACUCAUUCGCUUUGAAAGAAAAUCAGGGAUGUGGAAAUACAUGCCUGGAAUCAUGGAAACAGUCCAUUGAACAGACUGAAAUAGCAGACCUUCCUGCCUGUGAUAGCUUAAACCCAGGCAACUUACAAUUGGUUUCAAAGUUAAAGAAUCCUUCAGGUUCCUGUUCUGUGGAUGUGAGUGCCGUGUGGUGGGAAAUAGCCGGCUCCAAAGAACCGUGUAUCGUAACUGCUUGUGAAUAUGUGGUUUCUCUUUGGAAACCUCUGGGUGCUUGGCAAUGGGAAAAGACUUAUUCUUGGCACUUCACAGAGGUUCCAGUGUUACAAAUAGUUCCAGUGCCUGAUGUUUGUAGCCUUGUGUGUGUGGCUUUGGGGAAUUUGGAAAUCAGAGAAAUCAGGGCAUUACUUUGUUCCUCUGAUGGUAAAAGUGAAAAGCAAGUACUACUGAGUUCUGGAAAUAUAAAAGCUGUGCUAGGCCUGAGCAAGAGGAGACUAGUGAGUAGCAGUGGGACCCUCUGUGAUCAACAGAUAGAACUCGUGGCGCUUGCCGAAGAUGGCAGAAACAAGGAAAAGCAAUUUUUGAUGCCCCCUGAAGAAACUGUUCUAACCUUUGCUGAAGUUCAAGGAAUGCAGGAAGCUCUGCUUGGUAGCACUAUAAUGAACAACAUUGUGAUUUGGAAUUUAAAAACUGGUCAACUCCUGAAAAAGAUGCAUAUUGGUGAUUCCUUCCACGCUGCAGUCUGUCACAGAGCCUAUUCUGAGAUGGGACUCCUGUUUGUGGUGCUGAGUCAUCCUUGUACUAAAGAGACUGAACCUUUGGGAAGCCCCGUGUUUCAGCUGAUUGUGAUCAACCCCAAGACUGCCCUGAGCAUGGGGGUACUGCUCUACUGUCUCCCUCAGGGGCAGGCUGGAAGGUUCCUGGAAGGUGACGUGAAAGAUCAUUUUGCAGCAGCGGUUUUGACUUCUGGAACAAUUGCCAUUUGGGACUUACUUCUAGGGCAUUGUGCUGCUCUCCUUCCACCUAUCUCUGACCAAAACUGGUCUUUCGUUAAAUGGUCAGGUACAGAUUCUCAUUUGUUGGCUGGACAAAAAGAUGGAAAUAUAUUCAUAUACCGCUACUAAGAAGUUAGGGGAAGGUGAAAACAUGGUGUUCUGGAUACACAUGACUACUUGAUACUUUUGAGAGCUGUAACCUUAAAGGAGAACAUCUGAAUGACACCUAUUCAUUCAGAUAGACUUACUUUGUAUUUUGGUGGUGGUGACACUACUGAUCUUGAAUGUUCAUUUAUACCUACUUUGGAGGAAAGGAUUUUAGGUUGAUUUUUAUAAUUCCUCAAAUUUGCACAUUUACUUUUAAAGAUACACAUAAAACUUCUUAUGUUAAUAAAUAUUUAUUUCAAAACAUUUUGCUUGGUGUGUUA